CCCCAGAACGAGGGCGACACUGAUGGCGAGAACGAGGGCGGAAACGAGGGCGAGCAUGCGGGCGGGAACGAGGGCGGAAACGAGGGCAAGAACGAGGGCGAGAACGGGGGCGAGAACGAGGGCGGGAUCGAGGGCGGGAACGGGGACGGGAACGAGGGCGGAAACGACGGCGGGAACGAGGGCGGGAACGAAGGCGGGGACGAGGGAGAGAACGAGGGCGGGAGCGACGGCGGGAACGAGGGCGGGAACGACGGCGGAAGCGAAGGCGAGAACGAGGGCGGAAACGAAGGAUGGAACGAGGGCGGGAACGAGGGCGGGAACGAGGGCGGGAACGACGGCGAGAGCGAGGGCGGGAUCGAAGGCGGGAGCUAG